AUGCUUGAGAUAGAAUGGAUAGCUGGAAAUAGCGAACUGGAAACGCGAGCGAUUGAUUUUCUUCAAGAACGGAAUGAGAUUGACCGGACUCGAAAUGCAGUUAUUGGGUUUAAGGAAACCUAUGGAUUUUUGCUCAAACCCCAGAUUGCGGCUGCCCGAGAGGAAAUAGUGGAAACCCUUAAUUAA